GUUUCUUGCCUUCUGAGUUUGCAGAGCGUUCAGUGAAUACAUACCAGGAAGAAUGCCAACUGAGCUUGCAGGAGAUCAAAGAGCUAUUGCUGGAAAGCUAGCAGCUCGCUAUGAUUCAAGUAUGGAGGCAGAAGUCAUUGGGUGGUUUAAGACUCUAUUGGACAUUGAAAUAGCACCAGGAAUGAGAAAUGUUGAAAAGGAGUUGAGAAGUGGAGUUCAUCUUGUGAAAUUGGCUUUAUUCAUACAAGAACACACGCCAAACCCACCACCCGCUGCUAAAAAGUUGCGUCUAAAGCCUAACACAAUGGCCGCACCAUUUAAGCAAAGGGAGAAUAUUCAACAAUUUGUAUCCUUUUGUGAAAAAUACGGAAUGUCGAAUACCAGCCUUUUCCAAACCAUCGAUCUUUAUGAGGGUCAUAAUAUGGCUCAAGUCCUAUCCUGCAUUCAGCAAUUGGGAACAGAAUGCCAGAGAAAUGGCUUCACUAAAGCUACAAUUGGUCCGAAACCUACUGAAAAACACGUCGUAGAGUUUACUGAAGAGCAACUGAGAGCUGGUCAAUCUAUCAUUGGUUUACAGGCUGGUACUAACAAAGGUGCUUCCCAAGCCGGUAUGAAAAUUGGAGGAGCUAGACACGUGGCGGAUAUCCGAGCUGAUGACAUGUCGAAGGAGGGUCAAGGUGUUAUUGGGCUACAAGCGGGUAGCAAUAAAGGAGCGUCUCAAGCAGGCAUGAAGAUAGGCGGGGCAAGGCAUGUGGCUGAUAUUCGAGCGGACGAUAUGUCGAAAGAAGGCCAAGGAGUUAUAGGCUUACAAGCAGGAAGUAACAAGGGAGCAUCUCAAUCAGGCAUGAAAAUUGGAGGAACUAGACAUGUGGCUGAUAUUUCAGCGGGUGAAAUGUCCAGAGAAGGACAAUCAGUAAUUGGCCUUCAAUCUGGUAGUAAUAAGGGUGCAAGUCAAUCUGGUAUGUCUUUCGGAGGGACUAGACAUGCUGGCGAUAUUUCCUCUAAUGCUAUGUCUAGAGAGGGUCAGGCUGUCAUCGGAUUGCAAGCUGGCUCAAAUAAAGGAGCAAGUCAAAGUGGAAUGAAUUUCGGCGGAAGUAGACACAUUGCCGACAGUAAAGUCGGUGAAAUGAGUAAGGAGGGACAGACAGUAAUUGGACUUCAGAUGGGAACUAACAAAGGCGCGAGUCAGAGUGGAAUGGCCAUGGGAGCUGCAAGAGGGGUUGCUGAUAUGAAAAUAUCCGACAUGGAUCAAGCAAGUAAGGGUGUGGUUAACUUGCAAUAUGGAUCCACUGCUGGUGACAGUCAAAAGGGAAUGCAUAUAGGAGGUAGAAGAAAUAUCACGAAUUAA